AUCCGGGACAUUGGGAGCGGAGCGGCGUGUGGAAAGUGGGUAAGCAGGGCAGCGGAGGGCGGACAGGCGGGUUGAUGACAGCUGUCAGUGCGGACAAAAACACCACGGAUCUCUGAAGAGGAGCCGGAUGGAUCUGCCCUGAACCUCCAGCGCGGACGGGACGACGCCUCGGUUGUAUCGGGGACUACUAGAAGGUGUCGCGGAGGUGUUUACGCACUGUCUUGUGUGUUUUCUGGACUCGUACAUCAUCGGUAGAGCUACAGUUGCAGAGGCAACAUGGGGACACAAGGCUCUGGUAGAAAGCGUGCCCCUUUGAAAGAUCGGUUCUCAGCGGAGGAUGAGACCUUGAGUAGCAUUGCCCGAGAGGCGGAGGCAAGGCUGGCAGCGAAGAGGGCGGCUAGGGCGGAGGCCAGGGAUAUUCGAAUGAGGGAACUUGAACGGCAGCAGAAAGAGCAUUCUUACCACUCAUCUGGCAGUAGCAACAGAAAGUGGGGUCAGAUCCACCAGUGGAUGGCUGACUCUGAAAAAGCCAGAACCUCUAGUAGUAGUAGGUCCAGCAGUCGUCACCGGGGGCUGGAUGAUGAUGUCAUGUCAGUCCGCAGCUACAGGUCAACUUCAUCAGCAGUACGCGACCUUGGUUCUAGUACAACUCGAUCCAGUUCCCGUAGAAAAGAUGCCCUGUCUGACAGCCUCUCCACUAGCUCUGCCCUCAGGAGUUCCCGCUCCACUAGUUCUGUGUACAAUGACCUUCAUGGCCAUAAAAAGGCUUCAUCCAGCUCCUCGAGGAAGGACCUGCUGACUGGUCUGUACCAUGAUCAGAGGAACUACACCAGCCUCACCAAGAACAAACCUCUGUCCUCCACCUCCUCCUAUCAGCCUCCGCCCUCCACCUCCACCUCCACCUAUCAGCCUCGGGCCACCACUUCCUCGUCCUCCACCACGGGUACAGGGCUGUCUCGCAGCCACAGUAUGGCCUCUAUUUGUGACAACACGGGUCUUUACGGCUCGGGCUACAGUUCAAGAGCUCCCUCUGAAUACAGCUGGUACUCCUCUGGUGCCAGCUCCACCCGCAGCAGCCCUGCGUCUUCCUCAGAUGAUGACACUGUCAGCAGCGUGUCCCAGGAACGCUUCAACAGAGGCCGCAGGGACAGUGUGUCGUCCGACUUCUCAGACAUUAGUGAGUCAGCUGCUGAUUAUUUCAGCCGCUCCAACCGAAGGGGCAGUAUUGUGUCUGACCUCGAUGAUUUGAGCAUUCCAGAUCUGGACGCUCUGGAUGACAAAUGCGACAAGCAGUAUACAGAUUACAGUCGGCCGUCUUCACGCUGUGCCACCCCAGGCCUCUCAGCAGCCACGUUGGCAUCACUGGGUGGCACCUCGUCACGGCGCGGCAGCACAGACACCGGCAGCGUCUAUGAUGCUGACACCAGUCUGAGUGAGCUUAGGGAUAUCUAUGAACUAAAGGACCAGAUUCAGGAUGUAGAGGGGCGUUACAUGCAAGGGCUUAAAGAGCUGAAGGAGUCACUUGCAGAGGUGGAGGAGAAGUAUAAGAAAGCCAUGGUAUCGAACGCGCAGAUGGAUAACGACAAAGCCAACCUCAUCUAUCAAGUCGACACGCUAAAGGACGUCAUAGAAGAGAUGGAGGAGCAAACGUCCGAGAUGAGGAGAGAGCUGGAAGAAAAGUCAAAGGAAUUAGAAAGGCAAAAGCACACAUGUACAGUCCUGCAGCAUAAACAAGAAGAACUGAAGGAGGGAAUUCGCCAGAGAGAUGAGCUUAUAGAGGAGAGCCAGCGAAUGCAGACUAAGUUAGAUGCCCUCACCAGAGAGGUGUUUGACCUGCAGGAAACUAUAAACUGGAAGGACAGAAAGAUUGGGGCCCUAGAGAGGCAGAAAGAGUACUUUGAUUGCAUUAGGAAUGAGAGAGAUGAGCUCAGAGAUGAGCUCGCUGACAUCAAGGAGAAGGCCAAAGCAGGAGAGAAACACGGGCUGGUUAUCAUCCCAGACGGCACACCGAACGGAGACGUCAACCACGAGCCCGUGUCCUCGGGGAUCACUGUGGUCUCCCAGGAGGCCGCCCAGGUGCUGGAGUCUGCAGGAGACGGACCGCUGGAUGUCAGGCUACGGAAGUUGGCAGAGGAGAAGGAUGAACUGUUGGCUCAGAUCAGGAAGCUGAAGAAUCAGCUGGAGGAAGAGAGACAGAAACACUCAAAGGUGGACAGUACGUUCACGGACGGGGAGAGGAUGGAGAACGGUACUGACCUGCACGUUAUUGAGAUGCAGAGAGACGCCAACAGACAGAUGAGCGAAUACAAGUUCAAGCUUUCUAAGGCAGAACAGGAAAUGGGCACAAUGGAGCAAAAUAUUAAUAGACUUGAAGGGCAAGUGUCCAGGUACAAGACAGCGUCAGAUAACUCGGAGAAAGUAGAAGACGAACUUAAAGCGGAAAAACGGAAACUUCAAAGAGAGCUACGCACGGCUCUAGAUAAGAACGAGGAGAUGGAGAUGACCAACAACCACCUAGUAAAGCGCCUUGAGAAGAUGAAGGCCAACAGGAACGCCCUUCUGUCGCAGCAGUGAGGCAAGGCAGCGUCACCACAGAAGCCCUUAAACUCGCACCUCAGACCUCUUGACUGCCAUAUUUGCAUCUGGAGCACAUUUCCAUUUUCAACUGUAACACUUUAAAAUUUGUAGCUAACCAAAAAAACACUUGUAGCACAGGAAGAGAAACAAAACGGAACUGUGUCUGUUUUCUUUUAAAACCCUGAAGUGUUGGUUUGAGCUGGCGAGCUGCCAGUGUUUUGGGAGGAAUGACUCUAAAUAAAACUUUAAAGUUGCUGGGAGAUACAACCGAGGAAAGAUCUCUUGUCACUACUUAAUUUUUCUGACCUUUGUACUACAUCAUGUUAUCCAGGAGAUUUUCUUUCCCUCUGGCUGGGUGCUUGGCUGUAUUGUUUUGUUUAUUAUUCUUUUUUUUCUUUUUUUUUUUGAUAAGUUGCAUGAAUGAGUAUAAUGAUGCUUUUUAAACUAUUCAACCCUCACAGCUGCUCCAGCCCUGCACCUUCUCUGCUUCCCCUCACACAGUGAAGUGCCUUCUCACACUAGGAGACAGGGGGUCUGCGCCGCUCCAUGAAACAAUAAUAGUUUUAACAGGUACAGAAUGAUGUAUUUAAGAAGAGGUGCGGCCGUCAUCUGAAAAUAUAUAGAACCAACUUUGUCUGCUGCGGUUUCAUUGAAAUUUUUUCAAAUAUUUAAAAGAUUUCUUGAAAAUAAAUGUGUAAUUUACAGAACUGUG